AUGAUAACCUCCCCUUUUUCCUUGGCAGGUAUAACUACAGUGCUGACAAUGUCGACCAUCAUGACAGGAGUAAGUGCCUCAAUGCCACAAGUGUCUUACAUAAAGGCUGUGGAUGUGUAUUUAUGGAUCAGCUUCCUUUUUGUCUUCCUGUCUGUCAUCGAAUAUGCAGCAGUGAACUAUCUCACCACAAUUGAAGAGAGAAAGCAACUCAAAAAAAGGGGCAAGGCUUCAGGAAUGUACAGCAUUGAUGCAGUGCAAGCAAUGGCUUUCGACGGCUGCUUUCAUGACACAGAUGUGGACAUGGACCUGUCCCCUUUCUCAGACCCCUGUGAAGAGAAUGAGACUCGAGCAAGUGACACCAAUAUCUCCAAUGUGGGGACACCUCGCUUAAAGAGGAAGAGAUCUCUGAAGGGAAACGUGGGCAGGAUUAUUUUACAGAACAAUCAUGUUAUUGACACAUAUUCCAGGAUUAUAUUUCCCAGUGUAUAUAUUGUGUUCAACCUUUUUUACUGGGGUUUGUACAUAUGA